AUAAAUAAAGGUGAUGAGGAAGGGGGAGGGGGAGCUUGAGCAAGACUUUUCAGGAACAGAUGCAAGAGAAGUGCAGAAGUGUAUAUUUCCUGCGCUAGAGUUUGGGCCCGGCUAGAGCUAUACCUUGCUUUAGGCUCCCUUUUUCCCUUUUUUGGAUCUUCAGAUUUCCCCCCUUCCAGCUUCGUGUCGACACCCUCGGAGGUAAUGCCUACCUACACGGUGACCGUGGCCACCGGCAACCAGUGGUUUGCGGGCACUGAUGACUACAUCUACAUAACACUGAUGGGCACGGGGCAGUGCAGCGAGAGGACCCUCCUGGACAAACCGAUGUACAACGACUUUGAGAGAGGAGCGGUUGACUCCUAUGAUGUGACCGUGGGUGAGGAUCUGGGCGAGAUCGUGCUGGUGAAGAUUGAAAAGAACAAGUACUGGGUGCAGGACGACUGGUACUGCAGGUACAUCACAGUCAAGACCCCAGGGGGCGAAUAUCUGGAGUUCCCCUGCUUCCACUGGCUGGUGGACGAAAAGGAAGUGGUGCUCAGAGAUGGACGAGCACGUUUGUGUCAGAACGAAAAGACGAUGAUUGCCAAGCAGCACCGACAGCAGGAACUGGACAUGCGGCGUAGGACGUACAAAUGGCAAGAGUGGCAACCAGGCUUUCCAAUGAGCAUAGAUGCAGCCAAACACAAGGAUUUGCCCAGGGACAUCCAAUUUGACAGCGAGAAGGGAGUGGACUUUGUACUGAACUACAGUAAAGCCAUUGAGAACCUGUGUGUGAACCAGUUCAUGCACAUGUUCCAGUCCUCCUGGAGCGACUUCGCCGACUUUGAGAGGAUCUUUGUGAGGAUCAAGAACACCAUCUCAGAGUACGUCAUGGAGCAUUGGAAGGAGGACUUCAUGUUUGGCUACCAGUUCCUGAACGGGUGCAACCCAGUGGUGCUCCAAAAGUGCACCAAGCUCCCAGACAAGUUCCCUGUCACCCAUGAGAUGGUGGCUUUCUGCCUGGAGAGAGACCUUACCCUGGAAGAAGAAAUAGAGGCGGGGAACAUCUACAUCGCAGACUACGAGGUGCUGGAGGGCAUCACCCCCAACAGCACGGACCCCUGUACCAUGCAGUACCUGGCCGCGCCCAUCUGUCUGCUCUACAGGACGGUGGGGAGCAAGAUCCUCCCCCUGGCCAUACAGUUGAGUCAGGUGCCUGGCGAGAAAGCCCCCAUCUUCCUGCCCAGCGACAGUCAGGACGACUGGCUGAUCGCAAAGAUAUGGGUGCGCUCGGCCGACUUCCACGUGCAUCAGACCAUCACCCAUCUCCUGAGGACCCACCUGAUAUCCGAGAUGUUCGGAGUGGCCAUGUUCCGACACCUUCCCGCCGUCCACCCCGUCUACAAGCUGCUUGUGCCACACAUCCGCUACACCAUCGCCAUCAACACCAAGGCCCGGGAACAGCUCAUCUGCAAGUUCGGCAUCUUCGACAAGGCCAAUGGCACAGGUGGAGGUGGACACGUCCAGCUGAUUCAGAAAGCCAUGAAGACCCUCACCUUCAAGUCUCUGUGCUUCCCCGACUCCAUCAAGGCCCGCAAUAUGGAGAGCGUGGAAGAGCUGCCCACUUACUUCUUCAGGGAUGACGGCAACAAAGUAUGGGAUGCCACCAAGAGGUCUGUUAACUAACAGUUCCGAUUUCUCAAUGAGAAUUUGGUAUUCGUUGAAUGGUUUAAUCAGAAGUGUCUGCAACACCCACGGGGUGCUAAGAUUAA